CACAGACUCCAGGCUGAGUGUCCCGGUGACGUCAGCUGACUGUUUUGGCUGUACUAGGCGCUCCGGACACAGCGCGCGCUGCUGCUGUUGCUGUAAAAAUGCUGCUCUCUGUGCCGCCAAGGACAGGAAUCAACACAUAUAACGGCUAUCCCAGCAGAACCAGUAAAAAGCAGGCGUAUGCGUCCUACACCCAGCAGAUGGCGCCACCCAGUCCCAACACCACCACCACCAGUAAUGGAAGCAGCAGCGGUGGAGACCAGCUGAGCAAAACCAACCUGUACAUCCGUGGUCUCCAUCCAGGAACCACAGACCAGGACCUGGCCAAGCUCUGUCAACCCUAUGGAAAAAUUGUGUCUACUAAGGCCAUUCUUGACAAGACCACCAACAAGUGUAAAGGCUAUGGCUUUGUGGAUUUCGACAGCCCGGCCUCUGCACAGAAAGCAGUGACGGCACUAAAGACCAGUGGAGUUCAGGCUCAGAUGGCAAAGAAACGUCAGAAUCAGGGGAAAUAUCACCAGAAUGGGCGGCAGUGGCCGAGAGAGGGCGAGACUGGCGGGAUGACGCUAACAUAUGACCCUACUCCUGCUUUACAAAAUGGGUUUUACUCUCCUUCCUACAGCAUUGCUCCUAACAGAAUUAUUGCUCAGACUUCUAUCUCUCCCUACAUGCACUCACCUGUAUCCACCUACCAGGUACACAAUCCCUCCUGGAUACAUCACCAGUCUUACCUCAUGCAGCCCACAGGUACCGUCCUCACGCCCACAGUGGACCACACCAUGACCAUCCAGCCCACUGCCAUAAUAGGGCCUCUCACACAGCAGCUCAGCCAUCUAACCCUGGGCAGCACAGGCACGUAUAUGCCUGCAAACACAGCUAUGCAAGGGACCUACAUACCACAAUAUGCCCAAGUGCCUCCUUCAAGCAUUACAGCCGAGGAAAAUAGCAUCCAACAGCAGCAGGUUGCCAUAGAGACACCCACAGACCACACAACAUACUCCUACCAGCAUGGCAAGUGAAGAGGAGUACAUUCAUAGGAGUGAUGGAGGAUACUGAACCACCUCUCUUGACAUAAAAACAAAUGAACAUUGUGAAAAGGAACUGAGAAGCGCGUCUCUUUCCAAUGGAAGAAAGCAGACAUGUUUUUUCUUGGAGAAGACCAACCGAUAAUGAAGCUAAACCUAUUUUAGUAAGUGAAAGACUUGGAUGGAGAAGGCUAUGACUACAACAUGUCAUAUAAGUUCACAAAAUGCAAAGUAAGCUUUUUUUAACACAAAGACUCACACAUUUGCACACACACACACACACACACACACACACUCCAACACACUUUGAGAAAUAUUUUUUUCUGCAACUUUAUUUUCUAAAACGUUCUGCAAAGCCAGAAUGAAACAACUACGAUGUUACAGCACCAUGUGUCAUUUUAAUUUGAUUUAAUCUUUUUGUAAAAUUCUUCAAAGAUUUUGUUGACUGCUUUUGAACUGUCUGCUGCAAAAGGAAUUUUGUACAUAAAAAAAGUGUUUUUGCAAAGAUCUUACUGCAUUUUUCUUGAAUAUCGACUUUAGGAAAUCCUGAGGAACCUGCUGAAACCAGCAGAUAAGUUGUUUUGAUAGAUCUACAGAAAAAUUUGCCGUAUCGAAGAGCGUUGUAAAUGCACUCAUUGUUUUGAGCAAGUUUGUGCCAGCGAGACGAGACUGAAUUCUGAAACCAAGACCUCAUAUCCCCCAACAAAAAAAUGUCCUUUUUUCCCUUCCAAAAUGCUGCUUUAUCUUGUAAGUUAGGUUAUGCUUCGUUUAAAUGUUGAGAUUUAUUUUUGUAUUUGAAGAAUUUCUUAAAGAAAAUUUCAGAGAAGCUAUUUGGAUGAUACACUUUUUUUAUGGCUUUGUUUUCAUGUCAAUAGUUCUGUCUUGCCUCUUCGUACAUAUGGAUUAUGUCUUUCCUUUUACACAUUGUAAGGAGUGCUCUUCCAACGUUGUAAUGUAGGCCUGUAAAUUAAUUUUUCUUGCCUUGGUGAACUUUAAUAGUGAGGCGUGUGUUCUUUGGACUGUGUCCCCUGAGAUAUAAAAAUGGCAAUAUAAUGAAAACCAAGAGAGUUCUUCCCUUAUUAGUGGAACACUCCCUCAGUUUCCUUCCUUCUGAGGUAAAAGAUUCUGAGACUGGAAUAGUGAUUAUUUGUGUUGUGCUCUGUGCAUAAAUAUAAAUCCAACAUGCUGAAAAGUAGCCUACAUGUAAAUUUGCUGAACAGGAAAAUAGUUCAGUGAUGUAUGAAAUCAAAU